AUGUUAAGACAGGCGCUGGACUGGACGGACCAACACCAGACGCAAGAGACAUGUGACGCUGGGACUGGGGCCAUGCUGGCGCGCUUUACUGAGGUAGUUGACAGCCAAAGUCGCUCGUGUGUACAUAAAGGGACCCAGCAGGCGAGCACUGCAGCUAGAAGUGAUGGUGUAGACCUGUCGGUCGAACUUAUUCAUGCGGCUGCCGAGCUUGUUGACAGCAUUGAAAGCUGGCCUGUUGAAUUUGGGGAGCAGGGAGCAGGAAUCGCAAAGGCUCAUCAAAGCCGUGACCUUGCGUGUGCCCCCACUGACAAUGAGGUAGAUUGUGUCAAUGGAUUCGAGUUGCUGCAAGGCAGCCUGCGAGCUCUGUUUGGUUCGGCAAGCCCAGUUGAAGUGUCGCAGUUGAAGGCCGUGGACAUCGCGAACAAUGAUGUGGCCAUGGAGAAGACUGCAGCCGUUCAGCAAGACAGUGGCAUGCCAGCCAAUCAUGCUGUACCGGAAAUCCAAAUACCAGCAGGAGAUGCAGAUACGGCAGAGGAGGAUAGAAGCCGCAUCGCAGAGGCCAGACCUGAGUCUGCUAAGCAUGGUGGCACCGCCGCUUUGGAUAUAAAUGCCACCACUCCUCUCUUGCGCUCUCUUGCCGCAUCAUCGGCUCCGCCUGUGGAAAACACACAGGGCCAGCUGCUUGUGGAUGACUUCUAUGCACUUCCGCUGUUAAAAGGAGCCUUGUGGUACCGGGAUACCUAUGAUCCAUUCGAGAAGGACUAUACAGAUGCCCAAAUAAGAUGCAGCUCGCCGCGAGGGAACUCACCUGUGCCUUCUCGCCCCCAAGGGACGGCUGGGAUUGGCUUGAGAAAGGCCAUUCAAGGGGGUUCAAGAGGAAGGGGUUUCGGUCCUCUUUCAGAAAGGGCGGGGACAGUGAGGAUUGGAGGUAGACGUGUCGUCGUCCGGACUGUUGAGGAUGGGGCUGGUUGGGCGUCUCGGGAGCCAAGUGCUGGUGGCUUGUCUGACUUUUCUCUUUCUCGGUGCAGCAUGUCGGUGGACUCGAGCAUAUCAAGCCGUGGCGUGAGCGUGUGCAGCAGAGCCACGAGCAAUGCAGGUUCCGUCUCUGAUGCAUCUAUUCAAGGGGGUGGCACUCCACAGAGCCCGGGUGCACACGAAAGUGCACCCCGCCACAAACGAGGAAGAAGUCGGCAUCCUCCGGGUGGACGCGGGGGCGGCGGGGGCGGCAAUUCCUCCACACCUACUGGCGUGUAUCUGGAUGUUGCCCGCAAGCUGUGGCGAUGCCAGUGGAGGGAAAAUGGCCGCUUCAAGACGAAGAGUUUCCCUUUGAACCAAUACAAGACAUUGAAGGAGGCACGACGGGCAUGCGUUGUGUUUCGGUGCUUAAUGGGGGGUUGGGAGGUACAACCGGCUUGGCUUGGUGACGAUGAGGGAGGUGAUGUUGAUAUAGAGCAACCUGCAGGUUUUUCAGAACCUUCUGGAAGUAAUGCAGGGACUGAAGAAGCGCAAUCCACACCCGCUGCUCCUUCAUAA